AUGCCACCAAAAGCCGACUGGGACAAAUACGUGCCUAACGAAGACGACGAUACCGCUCCUGAAAACAUCGUGCCUCUCUCAGAGGGCGACAUCCAGGUGCUUAAAACAUACGGCGCAGCUCCAUACGCCAGUCUGUUGAAACAGAUAGAAAAGGACCUCAAGGACAUUGAGGACAGAAUUAAAGAAAAUAUCGGCAUCAAGGAGAGUGACACAGGGCUCAGUGCCCCUCAUUUAUGGGAUGUGAUGGGCGACAAGCAGAGAAUGUCCCAGGAACAGCCUUUACAGGUGGCUAGGUGUACGAAGAUCAUAGAAGCAACCAACCCUACGCCAGCGGUGGGAAUGUUGGCCAACGCAGACAACAAGAGCAAGUACGUGAUCAACAUUAAGCAGAUUGCCAAGUUUGUGGUUGGGCUUGGCGAGAGAGUGUCGCCUACAGAUAUUGAAGAAGGCAUGAGAGUGGGUGUAGAUAGACAAAAGUACGAGAUCCAGUUGCCGCUUCCUCCUAGAAUUGAUCCGUCGGUGACGAUGAUGACGGUGGAGGAGAAGCCUGACGUUACGUAUGGUGACGUUGGUGGCUGCAAAGAGCAGAUUGAAAAGCUUAGAGAGGUUGUGGAGCUCCCACUCUUAUCGCCAGAACGGUUUGUCAAGUUGGGUAUUGAUCCACCUAAAGGUAUUCUUUUGUACGGACCUCCUGGUACCGGUAAGACGCUUUGUGCGCGUGCGGUGGCCAACAGAACAGAUGCUACGUUUAUUCGUGUGAUUGGAUCAGAGUUGGUGCAGAAGUACGUUGGUGAAGGUGCUCGUAUGGUGCGUGAGCUCUUCGAGAUGGCUAGAACGAAAAAAGCGUGUAUUAUUUUCUUUGACGAGGUGGAUGCUAUUGGAGGCGCCCGUUUCGACGACGGCGCUGGCGGUGACAAUGAAGUGCAGAGAACCAUGUUGGAGUUGAUCACACAGUUGGACGGUUUCGACCCUCGAGGCAACAUCAAGGUGAUGUUCGCCACCAACAGACCAAACACAUUGGACCCAGCGUUGUUGCGUCCUGGUCGUAUCGACCGUAAGGUGGAGUUCAGCUUGCCAGACUUGGAAGGCAGAGCCAACAUUUUCCGGAUCCACGCCAAGACCAUGAGUUGCGAUAAGGAGAUUAGGUGGGAGUUGAUCUCUCGUUUGUGUCCUAACGCCACGGGUGCCGAGUUGCGCUCUGUGUGUACGGAAGCAGGCAUGUUCGCCAUCAGGGCCAGGCGGAAGGUGGCCACCGAGAAGGAUUUCCUCAAGGCCGUCGAUAAGGUGAUCAAGGGUAACCUCAAGUUCUCAUCCACGUCGCAGUAUAUGCAAUAUAAUUAA